UCGAUGGCGGUCUCUGAUUGGCUAGGCUGUGCCGCCUUACCAACCGGGCUGUGACGCCAUGUUCGACAAUUCCUCCCAUGCCUCAACACCAACACAGCCUAUCGCCGACCAGUAGCUGCACGAUGUUUUGGCCCUACCCAUGAGAAAGUACGCCUUGAUCGUUCGCUUACCUACUACCAAACCACGCCAUGCCGGACGAAGACGACUUGUUAGUCGUUGCCCCUAGUGGCGACCUCAUUCUCGAUGUGUCACAGGAAGAGGGCAGCCAGCAGUACUGCUACAGAGUGGUCUCGAAGACCCUACAGCAGAACUCGAGAUACUUUGAGAACCUCCUGAGCGCACGCUUCAGCGAAGGCCAGAAGCUUGCAGCAGCCCUUAAGGGUCUCAAGCUCGCGGGGCACGCGAGCCUCGAAGAUGCGCCUAUAGAGAGCCUACCCCGGAUACCGAUUGUCAAUGCAGGCCGAAUUGCCAUUUCCAAGGUAUCUUCGAUACGGAACCUCGUUGCAGACUUCUUACGCGCCAUCCAUGGCCUCGACCUCGCCGUUGCCAAUCCGCCUGUCGCGAAUAUCGCCAACUUAGCCGUUGUCGCUGAUCGAUUUGAUGCCGUCGAGUGUGUGGCAAAAUAUGUUCAGAGGAAGAAGUUCCUACAAAUGACGGAAGCGAAGUCGAAAGGACGAACAAGCCCGGCUCUGACGGAAGAAAGGGUACGCCAGAAGCUCUUGAUCGGCCUACUUCUCGACUACCCACCGUGGGUCACACGCUACUCGAAACACUUGAUCAUGCGCGAUUCGGUACAGUGGGGUCCAGACGUCGAGGAGGAUCAUACGAAGGCAUUGUGGUGGGACAUACCGAACGGCGUAGAAGACGAGAUGAUACAGCGGAGAGAGCACAUAUUGGAGACUAUCAACUCUCUGCAGGCGCAUUUCCUAAGGCUUUAUACGUCAGGAGACCGGCAGUGCAAAUUGGGCUACGACACGUCGCUGCAGUGUGACUCUUUCCAGCUAGGAGAGAUGAUCCGCUUCUUCACCAAGAUCGACACUUUGCACAUGCAAGGCAAGAUCUACGAUAAUACCGAGCCAACAUACUAUCAAGGAGAUAUCGAGCGUCUAUUGUCCACGCUUCGCCAGACUUCGAGUUACCAAGUCGACAGCAACCAUGCCCAUUGCGGUCUUCGGGUGCGGCUCAUGCCUUUGCUCGAUCUAUUGCAGGACCACUUAAGCCUCAGCACUGGCAACUCAGACAUCGGCAUCUGCGGCGACUGCUGGGCGGCGCACCGCUCAGAGUACGCCUGGAGUUUGGCCAAGCGCCCCGUUCUGUGGACAGUCCCGCGACACCUCAGCACUACUCGAGCACCCAUUACGAAUGGAACAGCGAAGAGGCAGCAGAAUAUGUUAGGUGGAUGUCUCGGCAGGCAUCUGGCGGUGAGGGACCUUUUUAUGGCUGUUGAAAGAAAUUGGACAGAUGGACAAGUUAGUGGUCCUGCGUUGGGCUGGGCAAAUAUGAGCCUCAGCUUAGACCCGAGGAUUACGGGGAGACGGUGAGGGCGAUCGCAGAGCCUCAUGAUGAGCUUGUUUAGACGUCACUCGGGUCCUGUGUUGCCCUGGUUAUGGGCACUAGGCUAUCGUUUCCCACCG